CAAUUUCCAUAAGAGAAUUAUUAAAUUAGCCAAUAAAAUAAUUACAUCCAUUAAAAUAAUAUCUCUAUUAAAAAUUCAUUUCUUAAUUAAAUGAAGAUCAAAAGUCUAAAAAAAUGACUUUUUAUAGAUGUUUUAACGAAAACUAUUAAAAAAAUAUCGAAAAAAAAUUAUUAAAUACUACAAAGAUAAAUAUUAAGGCAGAUAUUUUCGAAUAUGAAGGAAAAUAUGAUUAAAACAAAUAUAUGGAAUGGUACCUUAAUUUUGCAGAUUAGUAACUUUUCGGAUUUUAUAAUAGCGGUUUAUAUGCUUAGGACGAAAUUUAAUGUUCUGAGCAUCCUUUAUUAGCCCAUAUAAGGGAAUAUGCAAUAGAUUAAAGCCAACAUAAAGAAAACAUAGUUCCCUUAACACACUAAAAUGGGGAACCGACUCCUAUUUUGAUAAUUGGCGCUCAUAGAUUGGGUACUAUAUUUUCUAUAAAAAACAAUAAUCCUUAAAUUUAUUAUGGAAAUAAUUUUUGUGCUAUACAUACUGCUAAAAGUAUUGAUUAAGUACUCUAAAUAUUUGACUAAGGAAGCCAACAUGUGACUAAUAUUAUUGCAAUGGCAGCCUAAGGAUAUAAAAGUGGUGAAUAUACAUUUUAAUAGAUAAGUUUUACGUUAAAAACAGCCUAUAUAGCCUUUAAAAAAGCUGUUGAAUUUUCUGAAAAUAAAAAAUGUAUUAUUCAUACAGGUAAUUGGGGAACAGGUGCUUUUGGGAAUAAUCUUAAAUUGAUGUUUUAUAUUUAGAUUUUGGCAGGAAAUUUAGCUGGAGUGGAUGUACUGGAAUAUCAUAGUUUUAGUGUGGAAAUAUAGGAGUAAUGUUAGAGUUUUUUAUAUGAUUAUAAUAAAGAUAUAGUACCAGAAUUGGAAAAAAAUAAAAUUGACAUUGAUGAUAUUAUUAUUUUAUUAGAAAAAUUAAAAUUUAAAUGGGGAAAGUCAGAUGGAAAUUGAUAUGCUUUUUUUUUUUUA